AUGGCGUCGCGGCUUCAGGGAUUCCCAAAUGCGCUGGAUUGGAAAUUCGCCAUCAUUGCGGGAGUAGGACUCUUCUCGGCCGGGGUCGUUGCAAGAGGCCUGUUCACGAGUCCGAAGAAGGCGAUCAUCCACCCAUCACCUCAGAGAACGCUGUUACCGACUCUAUCUGACGCAGAAAAGUCGGCGCUUCCGUACCCGCCUGACGUCUUGCCUGGAGCGAGAGAUGUCGACACGCCUUACGGGUCCAUUAGAGUCUACGAGUAUGGACCCGAGGAUGGCCGAAAGGUGAUCCUGGUGCACGGCAUCAGUACUCCGGCUAUUGCUCUGGGCUCGGUCGCGAACAAUCUCGCGGAGAAUGGAUGUCGCGUUUUACUGUUUGAUCUGUUCGGUCGAGGAUAUUCCGAUAAUCCCGGCGACCUGCUGCACGAUGAUCGACUGUUCACGACUCAGAUUCUGCUUGCCUUGGCGUCCUCUCCGCUGUCUUGGACUGGGGCAGGGUCUGGCAAAUUCUCGAUGAUUGGGUAUUCUUUCGGUGGUGGAGUUGUCACUUCGUUUACCUCCUACUUUCCAGAUCUUGUUGAUAGCUUGAUCUUGUUCGCACCUGCUGGCUUGAUCAGACCGCACCAUAUCAGCACGACAAAUCGCAUUAUUUAUCAAGAGGGUAUUAUCCCGGAACCAUUGCUGCAGCGGAUCAUCAAGAACAGGUUGAGAACACCACUUUCCGCACCUCCGGACGAGAAGGGAAAGAACGUCGAUGCGACCAAUGCUGUCAAAGCUGAGGUAAAUAUCGAAUACAACUCUCAGGCUGUCCUUUCUAAGAAAUACCCGAAUGUUACGGUUGUCAAGGCGGUGGCCCAUCAAGUCGAUAACCAUCCGGGAUUUGUCCCUGCGUUCAUUUCAAGCAUUCGUUAUGGACCCGUGAGAGAACAACACGAACGGUGGCGUAUUGUGGGCAGACAGCUAAGUCAGUUGAAUACAGAGAAAGGAACUUCCAAAAAGGUACUGAUGGUUCUGGGCGAGCACGAUCCAAUCAUUAUUAAGGACGAGUUGGAAGAAGAUGCCAAAGAGGCUUUCCUGGGCAACGUUGAGGUCGUCACCUUCGAUGCGGGCCACGAGGCCCCUGUCACCAAGGGAGACCAGAUCGCGACCGCUAUACUGGAUUUCUGGAAACGCAACGAUUGA